AUGACUACCUCCGGCCUUAUGUGUGCCAACUGGGGCCUCGAGCAAACUGCUUGCAAGAAGGAAGGUCGAUCCACUUGCAGAAGUUGUUAUCUCAUUGCAGUCAAUUCACUCACGUACUGCGGUACAACAUGUCAGAAGUCCCACUGGCCUCAACAUAGGUUUGAAUGCGAAUCGCCCGUUGGUCAAGGAACCUGGCAGCCAGCCUGGGUUCUCGAAGCUAGGACACCUGCGUUUAUGAAAGAUGGUAUUGGAGAAACUUUUGGGGGAACAAAGUACCUCUGGGGUGACGUUCCUGCGUGA